AUGCAACAAUCAUAUAUAGCCGAGAUCAAGAAAAGAUCCGAUCCACAUGAUGUUGUAAUUGUGCAAAUGGACUUUGCACAAAAUUUCGCUUUGAUAUCUCAACAUGAAGUACAGUCUGCUCAUUUUGAUAAGCCACAAGCGACUGUUCUCACCAUAUUUGUUGUACUCGGAUCAGAGCACAAGAGUUUUGUGAUAAUUAGUGAUUAUCUCGAACACGACACCAAAUUCGUCUACUUCGCUCAGCAGUUGGUGGUCUCAACUGUGAAGCAGAUAGCACCACGUGUUCGUCUAAUCAACUACGUUACCGAUGGUGCGCCAUCACAUUUCAAGAACCGACAUAACAUUCUCAACCUUUCAUUUCAUGAAAUUGAUUUUGGAGUACGCUCCAUAUGGACAUUCACCGCAACCUCACAUGGGAAAGGGCCGGUGGAUGGAUUGGGAGCAGCAGUAAAGUCAACCGCAACUAGAUAUCUCAUGCGGCAUGGACCUGAAUAA